AUGGCCUCUGGUAACCUUGUCACAACCCUGCUCGUGAUAUGGCAGAAAUUCUUUUCUCCUCAACCUCAUGGCCUUCGGCAACAUCUACAAGACAAGUACAGUUUUUCCCGGUCUAAUAUACCCAUGGUGAAUUCUUCAUCUGCCACUUCACCCCAGCGUCCGACCCAAAACCUGCCACCUGUUGAUGUGACUCAUUUUCACAAUUCCUGUGUCUUAAGCUCGGACAACUCUGAAGUGGAGACUAUAGAAACUGCAGAUUGUGUCGGAGACAGUCCUAAUGGAGAUGUUUAUGACGUUCCUGGUCUCGAUGUCAAGCUUAGCGGCUGA